CAUACAGGGGUGAGAGAAGAGGACUGGAUAUUGCGAGUCCUAUUUGUGACAUGUACUCUACGCUACAAUGGGUAUCACGGCUGGAGAUUAUCGAUCUUUUCCGAAGACAUGAAAGAGAGCAUCGGAAUUAAUACUUAUCCAGUCUGCUCUGGAAGAGGGCUCACAAUCGAUGAGUUAGCUGAUUUCAACACACAGAAAUGUGAUGUCAUUGAAGGCUCAUUGUUAUUAUACUCGAAAGGAGCUGUUACAGAAAAUACGUCCAUCACACCUCUUAGCAGUAUUGUGGAAAUCACCGGAAAUCUUUUUGUGUGGAAUUUGACGGAGAAUGUAGACAAUUUGGGUCAGAUUUUACCAAAUCUGGCUGUAAUCAGAGCAAACCCAUCUUUUCGACACCUGGGAGUAAAUGCUAGCCUUACAGUCUUCUCUAAUGAAUUUUUGAAAAGCAUCAGUCUUACUAGUUUGACUCAUAUUCUGGGAGACAAUGUUCGAUCAGCUUUCUGGGAAAACAAGGAACUGCAGUAUGUUGAUACUGUGGACUGGACAGCUAUUUCUAGGGGGAAUGGAAUCACUAAACCAUAUACUCAUGACAAAAGUGAGAAAGGUGUGUGUCCUAAUUGUGACCAUUGCUGGAAUGAAAAUACAUGUCAACAAGCAUCACAAAACUGUUGGGCAGUAAAUAGUGAGGGCAAUUGUACAUGUCAUGAAGAGUGUUUGUCGUCAUGCAAUGGCACAACUGAUCGAGACUGCCUAUCGUGUAGGCAUUACCACUAUCGAGGACGGUGUGUCUUUUCCUGUCCGAAUGGAACAGCUAGACUUGCUGAGUGGAGGUGUGUGGAAGUAUGUCCUGGUUUUGGCAGCGAGUUUGCUCAGAGCAACAAUAUACAUCCAAUGGACGAAUUUGAUGGUGAAUGCGUGUUCGAUUGCCCUCAGAACUACACAGGAGACAACGGUACUUGUCUCUCAUGCGAUCAUACUAACAUCAAAUGCAGUAAAUACUGUGAUGGUAAUGAAAUUCAAUCAUUAGAAGAUGCUAAGAGUUUUGAAGGAUGCACUCAUAUCAAUGGCAACUUGGAAAUUAUUAGCGUUGUUACCGAAGGUGAUGAAGAUGAAGAGAAACUGAAGAAAUAUCUUGGUCACAUUGAACAUGUAUCUGGCUAUGUUGUCAUUCUUCAUUGUCCAACUUUGCGUGGAUUGCAAUUUCUUGACAAUUUGAGAUCAAUUCGUGGCAAUCAGUUACGGCAACUGGGAGUGCUGAAUUAUGGACUGGCUAUCGUUGGAAACAGGAACCUUCGCAGUAUACGGUGGAACAAACAGAGGAACCUGUUUCUUUAUGGACAGAUAGAUGUUCGUAUAGGUGUUUAUAGUAACUACUUGCUCUGUGAGAAGAAAGGCCUUACGGACCUGGAUAAACUGUUUCCAUAUGGUGUUGACAGUGCUGAUAAUGGUCUUCUUGCAGUCUGCGACAUAAAUAAUCUCAGUCUUACUUUUGUGGAGAACAAGACUAAUUUUAUAACUGCUCUGCAUUGGGAUGGUGUUCCAUACAACGAUAGUGCUAAUAGUGCAAGCAGAAGUUUAAUUGGAUACAAAUUACUCUGGUACCGUGACACUGAGCUGGGUAAUCCCAGUCAACAGAGAAGCUUAGACAACUACAACGACAAUGACCAGCUGAUUUGCAAUAGCAAAUGGUGGACAGUAGUCGACGAUAUAGGCAACAAGACGAGUUAUACUCUUGAAGGUAAAAUGAGGCAUCCGUGGGAGCCCACAAAAUUCCAAGUUCGAGCCGAGUUUGCUAUGCGGAAUAUUGGGUUUCGAAGCAAUGAGUUAAAUGUACCAGGAUAUAUUCGAGUUCCAUCUUGUCCUCGUAUGGUUAAGCAUGAUGUGGGAAUGUACAAUGUGAGUGUCAAGUGGUCGCCUCCUCAGUACAGCAGAUGGAAUGUAACACGCUAUCGGAUAGUCAUCGUUCAAACUAACAAAACAAUGCCAACAGCAGAUCCUUUUGAUGCCGAGAAAGAUGAUAGCAUUGAACAUUCAGAUGAUGGCAAAUUGUGCUUGAUUCAUGCAGCUGUUGAUCAGAGCUAUUUUAUGUGUAUCGAUGAUAUUGAAAAUGCUGCAAAUGUAACAUUACUAGCCAGAAAUGUUUGUGAUAGCAGUAGAUGUCGUUACCAUAUUGCUAAUCUGGACAAUUUUGUCAAAUAUAAGAUUAAGAUUCAAGCAGUAAGUCUUGAAGGCUGUGGUCUUGUACGAGAAAUGAUGUUUAGAACAACCGCAGAUUAUCAUAGUGAUAAAGUGACUAAUUUUACUGUAACUAAUUCAUCUGGUCCCUCAAAUUCCACUGUGAAUGUGUGUGUGAGUUGGAGAAGACCAGGACAUCCCAACGGAGGCUUUGUCAAAUACUUCUUUGUCAAUAUUACAUUCAAGCAACUGUCACAAAAAGAAAAUAAAGCAACGGCAAUGGAUAAAAAAGUUCAUGUGCUGCCUCGUAUGGAGGAACUGGGAUGUCAGACAAAAGAACAUUCUUACUAUUGCAAGAUGUUGUCAAAUAUGACAAUGGUGGAAUUCACUCUACUUCGGGUCCCGCAACGACAGCUGACUUAUAACUUCAGCAUCCAAGUAGCUUCAGCUGUGUUUACAAGUGAACUACAUAAAGAUGUACCUGCAAGCUAUUUUACACUUAACGUCGAAAAGGCUCCAGCCGUCAGCGAAGUCAACAAAACAGAUGAUAGUGAACAAGAACCACGUGUCCCCAGCAAAGUCAACGGAACAGAUAUUCGUUUGAUAGUUUCACCUAUUGUUGUUUCAUGUUUUCUGUUGGUUUCUGGUGUAUUCAUGUGGUAUAUUUAUCGAUUAAAACGUCACAAACGUAAGCUCAGGCAACAGUUGGCAACAACAUCUCACUUGUACUUCAGUCUAACACAAGAUGAAGGGGUGCUCAUGUCUAACAGCUAUACACCUGAUGAUUGGGAGAUCAAGCGAGAAGACGUUGUCUUAGAAAAUGAGUUAGGAAAUGGUGCUUUUGGGUUAGUCUAUCGUGGAACAUGGCAAAUGGAUCCAAACAAGAAAACAUUAGAUGUAGCUGUGAAGACACUGAACGACAAUUCAAGCAACCAAGAUCGACUUUCAUUCUUACACGAAGCGUCUGUUAUGAAGAACUUCGAAAGCGACCAUGUCGUGCGACUGUUGGGAAUUGUGUCGGUUGGCAAUCCCGUCAUGGUUGUAAUGGAACUAAUGGCCAUCGGUGACCUAAAAGGAUACCUUCGAUCUCUCCGACCAGGCGAUGGAGAUACAUUUAGUCUGGAAGAAUUUCCAUUGCUUGAGGAUGAGCUGCUUCAGUUUGCAGUCCAGAUUGCAAGUGGCAUGGCUUACUUAGUAGACAAGAAGUUCAUUCAUCGUGAUCUGGCAGCACGUAACUGCAUGGUGGACCAUAACAUCGUUAUUAAAAUUGGAGAUUUUGGUUUAACACGUGAUGUAUACGAAACCGACUACUACAGAAAGAGAGGCUCUGGUCCUCUCCCUAUCAGAUGGAUGGCUCCAGAAUCACUACAGGAUGGUGUCUUCAGUCAUGCUUCUGACAUCUGGUCAUUUGGUAUCGUGCUGUGGGAAAUCGCUACUCUGGCAAUGCAGCCGUACCCUGGGAUGAGCAACAGUGAUGUCUUUGACUUUGUCAUUGGAGGUGGAGUCAUGGACUUGGCACAAAUCAAAAAUGCUCCUAUUACUUACACUACACUUAUGGAGCAUUGCUGGCUUUUCAAAGCGUUAGACAGACCAACAUUUGAGACAAUCUUGAGUUGGCUACCUACCCUUCCCAUUGGUGAUGGCAUCAACAUUUGAAGUGAGUCUCGUAUGUCCAACUAGACUGUAAGACAUUAUUAAAUGACUUGUAAUGCUCAAGCAUGUGACUAGUGUUUCUUGCCGUCAGUCCCUGAUUUUUCUCAUUAGGUAAUUUACUGGCUCAGUGGCUUAAUGCUUUUGUCUCUUGUUUUCAAGACUAGCAACUCUUUGGUUAUAGAGUAGGAUGUUGUGGAUAGAAUAUUUAGAUCAUUGUAACAUAUGAAAACAGCAGGCUUUAUUGAGAGCUAACUGUAAACUUGAAAAAAAAGUUAAUUAGUGUAG